AUGUAUCCACACACGCCGCCGCUCGCGCAGCAGGUGCCCUCCUGGCUCCUCUGGCGGCUCUCGGUUGCACUUCCUCUGCUGCUGCUGCUGCCGCUCGCCGCGCUGCGACCGCGCGGCGUCCCCGCGACCCGGCUGCUCAAUGAGCUGUGGCUGGGCCUCGUCACUUCGAUCGCCACCGCCUUCCUCUUCACCUGCGUGGUGAAGGUCCACGUCGGCCGCCUCAGGCCCGACUUUCUCUCGCGGUGCAUGCCCGUGGACGGCAGCUGCACCGGCGAUGCGGCCGCAGUCACAGAGGGCCGCAAGUCCUUCCCGUCGGGGCACAGCACCCUCGUCUGGGCGGGGCUCGGCCUCGUUUCCAUCGCCUACGCCGCGCGCCUCGCCGACCUCUCGACGCCACGGCUCGGUAGCCUCUUCAAGGUCGUGGUCGCUGCGGCUCCCGCGAUGGUCGCGCUGGGCGUCGCUCUCAGCCGCGUAGCCGACUACUGGCACCACUGGCAGGACGUGCUGGUCGGCAGCCUGAUUGGCUGCGUGGCGGCGUACGGCGCGUGGCGGCUGCGCUUCCCGUCGCCCGUCGCCGCGGUUCCGAGCGGCCGGUCGCGUCUGACGCCUCACGUCUGCGCCGAGGACCUCGAGCUGCUGGCGAAGGAGCACCGCUCGCCACCGUCGGAACGCGUCGAGGCGCCGGGCGCGCUCAUCGAGUGA